UUAUAAGAACUGAACUGAGGGUCAUGGCUUAUUUCCUUUCGGGUUACGAAUCGUACAUCUACACAGUUGAUAUAUUUCAGAAAAUAUGAGACAAUUCCUCCUUGCGUGUGUUAUUCUGGCUGGCGUGUGGGGAUGUGCUGAUGUAGAAUCAGAGGCGGUGUGCAGAGUGACAAAAGCUAACGGUUUCUGUAACAAGCCGUGUACCACUUUCUGGGCUACACAGAACUGUGCUAAAACUUGUGGGUACUGUGUAAGCGAGCUGGCUAACGAACCUCCCUGUACUGGUGACGAUUGCCCCUGUGUGGACUACGAGGACCCCUCAGUCUGUGGUGUUGCUGCUGCCCAGGGCUGGUGCAAAGCCCCCUGUACUACCUGGUGGGCCUAUCAGUGGUGCAAACUCAGUUGUAACCUUUGUGGUGGAAUCAACUAGAUUAUCAGGCUGUUUGAGUUUCAAGAUUAUUUCAGUUUGAAUGAUCUCAACUUGGUGAAUUGAAAAGU